GAUACGAGCCCGCAUUCCAUCUUGAAAGGUCUAUUAAUAUGCCUCAGGAAGUGGAUGAAGAGCGAUGGAGGGCGAAACGCAGAAAACUUGAAUCAGAUGACAACAGAGAGGGCUUGCAGAGUUUCCGGUACGGUCAAUAUGGUCAGGUUGUGUCUGGAGUUCUCAAGAUGGAACUGGCUAGCUGUGACGGAGGAACUUAUGAAACUGAUGGCGAAAGUUCAUGGCCGGAGAACGUCCUCCGCGACGACUCUUCUGUAUACUGUACAAAAUCAGAACGGUGUAAUCUGAUCCUAAAGCAUCGUGGAGGGACACCGUUCUGCUUGAAGAGAAUUGUGGUUAAGGCUCCAAAGUCUGGCUACGGUGCUCCGUAUGUUACAUCUGAGCAGCAUGGCUAGUUGCCCUUUGUUAAUCACUAUUCACCAGGAUACAAGAAGGGAUGGUUUUCGUCUCCAUGACCUCCGACGAACUUCUGGCCCGUACCGCCCAGUACCAAAUCCAGUAUGCAACUUCUCGACGAACUCGGCGGAAUCGCCGGCCUGGAAUGCAACCUUCCCAGGAAUACUUGAAUGCGUACCGGCACCCUCUACAGUCUCUUACUGGCCGAGACUCUCACUCGGACUCAGAUACUGAUAUCAAUGACCCCACAGGGCUCAAUGCAGGCACCAUGCCCGACCCGAUGUCAGGUUUUCGAGUUACAACGGAGUAUGAUGAGCGUUCUGAAAACGGUGGCCACAGUAGCCAGGAGCAUGGCAACGACGUACCCUCGUUUACAGAUGUUGAGAGACUACAGAUGGAUCAGAUGGACGACGAUUUUCUCUGCUCGGACAGCGACGAGAGCGAGAGUGACGAUGUCACAUCCGAAUUGAGUACGUACAAUCGUCGACGCCGUGAGCUACUGAGACGUGUGACGUCCACGCGUCGCCGAUACGUCAUAGAACGGAAUAGUCAGCCAAGACGGCGCCCAGUUCCCAGUAUUAUUCAACCUAUGGAACAGUCUGCACUCACGGGUCCACAGGCUGGAUCUGAUACUCAGAGCUCUAGCCCAGAGUUGCUCAAACCACACGCUCGUUUCUUCAUUGAACAGACCAAGAGCAUGGUUAGCAUUAAAUUCGAUCCCCCCCCGUAUGGCACCUACUCUUUCCAACGCGGUCGGGCUUCUAGCUAACCAGUGUCCAUAGUUCUGGGCGAUACAUUCUAAUCAAGCUAUGGAGUCCCCAGAACGGAGGCAACAUUGAUUUACAGAGCAUCAUAGCUCAUGGCUACGCUGGGCCGAGGUUUUUCCCUGCU